AUGUCUUCUGUGUCUUCUACAUCAUCUGCAUCAUCCUCUUCUGAGUCGUCUUCAUCUCCAUUUGCUCCCACACCCCCUGCUGUAUCUGUAUCAUCUUCACCUCUGUUUUCUUCUGCAUCUCUGCUUACCUCUGAAACUACUCCUCGCUCUCCACACGUGGCAUUGUGUCAAUGGCGCAACAGACUCGAACAUGACCUUCAGUUGCAUAGAGCUGUUGCUGGACAGGAAGACCAUGUCAUUCAUAUUACCACCCCCAAUGCUCAGAAGGCUGCCGAAAGCUUCCUGGCACUAUGUAAGGUUUGGUGUCUAGAAGGGAGUGACAGCCAACUAGUCUUCCUGGAUGAUACAGAGAUAACCAAUGCCACACCCUUGAAUCUCAUUACAGGCUCUAUAGAUGCAACUAUUGGCUACGGUGUAGGAGAUGGUCCCAUGCGAAGCUUUUGGGGCGCCUUAAUCGCUAUGAUCACCCAACAUUCUGGCCAUUGGCAGCUGAUGUCCAAAGGAUACUACAUGCCCACAGUCACAUCUCUUCCUCCUUGUGAUGAAGAUAUCAUAUCUUUUCGUGCCUAUAGUCUCAUUAUCCAUACUGGUUUUAUCCUUGGUAUGGAGCUGCUUCCCAUCUUGCCACAUUUGCUCGUCUACCUACUGGAUGGUUAUGAAGUUUCAAUUGCACAACCAUUCUUAGAUGCUACGUCACCUAUGACAAGUCAACACCUGCGCUCAUGGCCACCAUCCUCUGUCAUCAGUCCUUCAGGUCACAGAGAACUCAGUAUUGCACCUGCCUGUGAUCCGUACUCACUGAUCUUAGAGGUGGACGGUACAAUACAGAUAAAUCAACUGUGCUAUCUCUCUGAAGCAGCACAGAUGGACCUGGGGCAGCGGCUGAUUUGUCAUAUGGUCUUUGGUAAUGAGACACCUCUCGCACACAGACUACACACAGUCUAUAGUGCUCUAGAGUCUGCAUUCCAAUAUGUCAUACAUGACGAUAUGAAAUUCUGUGAUUACUUUCAUGUAGACGGCUCUGCACAGCCCAUCCUGCAAGAAAUGUUUGCUGGUCGCAUUCUGACCUUUCCUCAGCAAGGAUACAAUCCUAAUCUGGACUAUGUCACAUUGGCAGGACAGUUUAUGGUGCACUUGAAGCGCUACUUGCGUGGUCAAGGAACCCCUCAUGCUGCUGAUGGCAGCGUGCUCUUUGAGGAGGAUUCUAGCAGCGAUGAUGUUGUGUAUAGGUCACGCUUGUUUUUGCGCAGUGCCACUGCACACGAAGUCUUACCAGUUGAUGCAACACAACACAUCAAAAUCAAAUUUGACAUGUAUUGGGAACACAGCUGGGGAAGAACUGUCGGCAUUCAUACCCAUACGUGCUUCUACAAGUUAGAUGUACUGUUGGAUGAAGCCACUGCCAGUAUCAUCAGCCAAGCAAUCCCUGAAGACGACUUCCAGACAACUGAUUUUGACCGGUGGAUCCACUCUAACAUCGGUGAAAAUUCGUCCAAUUCUUAUAACCAAGUAUAG